AGCCUCACGCACACAUAUUAUAGAUAUAAGAUGUAUAGAUAUGUUAUUUGCUCUUAUCAGUGGCGUCCUUGUGUUGAAAUGACCGUCAGUGAUUCACAUUAUACACGGAUGCGCGCUCUGGUGUUGUGGAAUGCGCGUGCAUCUUCCCCGACAUACCAAAAACACUUUACUCGUGAUUACGAAGUACGGGCGGAGGCUGUGUUGAUAGGUAGACUUUCAGUGAGCAUUGCAUCUUCAGGUUUUACAAGGUUUCAGCGUAACGGACAGACGAAUGAGAGAAUUUUUGCAAGUGAAUAUGGCAUUUUCGUCAUUCCCACUGUCUACACUCAUUGCCCUGGUGGUUCUUGUGGCAUCCAUUCAGAGCAACUCCAUGUAUGAUGUUGAUGAAGAUCCUUUCCAGCCAGUGACCUCAGACGAGACAGUGGCUGAGGGAGGUACGGUGACUCUGACAUGCCGUGUGGCUGAGACUGAUAAUUCCUCCCUCCAGUGGUCCAACACUGCACAACAGACGCUCUACUUUGGAGCUAAAAGAGCUUUGAGAGAUCACCGUAUCCAGCUCCAUAAGUCCACACCCACAGAGCUGUCAAUCACCAUUUCGAACGUGCAGCUGUCAGAUGAUGGAGAAUACACCUGCUCCAUCUUCACCAUGCCUGUACGGAUUGCACGAGCAACUGUUACUGUACUCGGUGUACCCGGGAAGCCAGUAAUAACAGGUUUCGAGGAUCCAGUGCAGGAAGGAGGGAGUGUGACACUUACCUGCACCAGCACGGGUAGCAAACCUCCUGCUCAGCUGUACUGGUAUAAAGGACAGGAAAAGCUGGAGGCCCGUCCCAAUGUGGUGGAGUCAAACCCCAAUGAGCCAACAUACACAGUGACAAGUGUGCUCACGCUGCCGGUGACCAGGAGCGAUAACAAUGCCAUGAUCGGCUGUGCUGUGGACCAUCCAUCCAUCACUAAUGGCGAGAAAAGGACAGAACAGCCUUUGAGCGUGCUGUUCUCCCCAAGUGUCUUGAUUAAGCCAGAGAGCGACCUGCCUCGAGAGGGAGAGAGGUUUUCUCUGCAUUGCGUGGGGAACGGAAACCCUGAGCCCUUGUCAUUCGUGUGGCAAAAGAAAGAUGCAGAGUUCCCUCCACAGGUGAGGCCUGAUGGUGCAUACCUCCGCUUUGAGGCCCUCAACAAAUCCGAUAAUGGAGUUUACUUGUGUCACGCAGACAAUGGAAUUGGCUGGAAUGAGGGAUCCUACACCUUGCUGGUACAAGACCCCACAGCAAUGUCCAGUUCAUCCGGUGUUGAUCAUGCUGUGAUUGGGGGAGUGGUAGCUGUCAUUGUUUUCAUCAUGCUCUGCCUCCUCAUUGUCCUCGGCAGAUAUCUCAUCAGACACAAAGGUACAUAUCUGACCCACGAAGCGAAGGGCUCAGAUGAUGCCCAGGAUGCCGACACUGCCAUCAUAAAUGCAGAAGGUGGCCACUCUGGUAUUGAGGACAAGAAAGAAUACUUCAUCUAAGUGUCCCUCCAUCACUCCAUCUUUUCUUUCUUCCCUUGCUUCAGUUCCUUUCAGGCGAGGAAAUUUAAAAAGGACGAGUAAAAGAGUGAACAAAAAUGUGGAACUGAAGAAAGCAGAAAAAGAUCAGUUUCAAGCUGUGUUGAAACCAGGGAGUUUUGCACUGACAUCAGUAUUCAACUGUAUACACACACACACAUACACACACAUACACACACACACACAUGCAUGUGCAUACACACAAAUAGAGGGCAUGCCUACGUGCUCUCAGAUUCAUGCCUGUCCCCAGUCACUUCAUAUGCCUCCAUGUUUAUAUUCAACAAAGGCAAUAUGAUGAAAAAAACAUGUAACUCACAGUGGACACAUAUACAAUUUAAUUAACACAUACACAUUUUUAGCAAUCUGUACCUUCAGUUUCAUUUCCCACGCAUCUAACAUGCACGCACACAUACACCCACACAUAGCAAUCGAAGAACCCAAUACAACAUCCCGUUAAUCCCCUAAUACAGCAGAAACAAAGGAUAUCUUAAUACUGGGCAAUACACACAACACACAGGCAGGCAGGCAGGCAGAUGAGCGUGCGCGCACACACACACACACACACACACAAACAUACUCAGUGCAAUCAUGCAAAACAGCUUCUGUGCUGUCAUGGAACCCCAGAAUAAAUGUAUAGAUAUAUAUAUAUAGAUGAUUAUAUAGCAUUGUUUUUACUUGGGAGAACUGGUUCAGUGUGGUGUAAAUAUACUCUCUGUCAUGCUCCCUCUCUCUUUUACCUCUUUUCCCUUCUCUCCAUCCUUCUUCUUAACCUAUAUAUGUUCUCUUAUUCUCUCUCUGUCUGCAUUUCAUUCUCUCAUAUUACAGUAUAUACUCUAAAAGCCUGCCUGGUUUUCUUACAUGCGUGAAAAUGCAUUGAGUUAAAAAAAAAAUCGAUAUAUGGGGUAUGAAAAAAAAAAUGUUACCAUGAAAAUGUCAGUACUGCAAAUAUUGGUAUGAGUUUUUGUUUUCCUCCAGUUGAGUUUCUGGUGUAACUGUUGGUGGCGCAAUUUUCAGUGUCAGCUGUCAUCCCAGGACUUAGUAUUAGUAUCAUCACCAUUAUUAUUAUUAUUAUUAUUAUUAUUAUUAUUAUUAUAAACCCAUGAUGAAAUAAAUGCCCUUUCCUUGUUAGCCCAGUACUUGCAUCCCAUACAUCACUUCCUGUCCUUUGAUGACAGGUGAAUGAGCUAAAGCAGGGUACUGCAUGAGCGAACAAGCAAACAAAACAAACAAAAACAAGAAGCUAGACUCUUCUGUCUACUGUACUUUCCUCUUCAUGUUUCCGUCUAUCCUUUACUGUCUCUCUUUGUCUCCCUAUACAGUGUUUAAACCUAGUUUCAGUCUGUGUCUGUGAAAGUCCAUUCUGGUUCUCCUUAAUAACUAUCAGUAGUCUGUCUCUGACAUACUAGAUCUGAUCAGUAUUACUUUGCGGCUAGCUUAUUUAAGGCUAGAAAUGUUGAAGUUUAUUGUAUGAUAAAUAGCAAGCUGAGAUAUUAACCAAACUGAUAACUUCUGCUGUGCAUCUCACACAUGAUCAGUGUUCACAGUGUGAGACAAGUGGACUAAGAAUUUAUAAUUUGGGAUUAUCUGAAACUCUGCAUUCAUCAGGUCAGGUUUAAAUUUACUUGUGAAGUGGAUUACUUAUAAUGUAAGUUGCAUGAAGGACAGGGCAGAUCUUUCCCAGCUUCCUCUGAAUAGAGCUUAUUCUCUGUAGAGCUGAUCCAUCACAAAAUGAAAAGUGCUUAAGCCUUCUAUCGACUCUACAGAGCAGUGUUGUCAGAGUUCAGUCCUUGAGGGCCCUAACUCUUUGGAGAUUUGUGUUUAAUACUCUUUUAACACAUCUAACUCUGAGGGCCUUGAUAAUUAUCUGAUGAGUUGAACAAGGUGUGUUAAAAUUAGUAGAAUUCCUCCAGGACCUGAGACUGACACCAUGGCUCUAUACCCAACGUUUCCCAAACUGGUGCUCAGGGAUUUAAAGUAUUCAGUAUUCUAUAUGGGUUGGUUCAGGUAUGUUGGGAGCUGCAAGAAAGCAAAAUAAAUAAAUAAAUAAAUAAAAUUUUAAAAAUAAUAAUAAUAAAAAAAAAAAAAAAAUUGACUGUCUGUGGACCUGGGGUUUGGGAAACACUGCUUUAGACUAUAGCCCUUAUCAUAGACCUCAUGUUUGCAUUUACAACCUUUCACCACUAGAUGGUGCGUUAUGUUAGACAUCCACCUCUUCUUCAUCUUUCCCCUUCCUCUCUCUGGUACAGGUAGCAGAAUUUGUGAUGCACCUUAUGUUAAUGGUGGAUCAUUGCAGUGGUUUAUUUCUAAAUUAUGUUUAUCCCUUUUUCUUUUUGUAGCUCUGUAUACAAUUAAGUGUAAAAUGUUCUGUUUACUUUUUAUUGUAUGACUAGAUGUUAUAGAUGUUAUAGACAUCUAUAUUAAGGUGUAGAAGAGUAUAGUUUCUGUGACUAUUGUUUUAAAAUCAGCCAUUUUGUAUAAUUUAAUGUAAAUAGUGUUGCCUUGAACAGUCUUCUCCUUACUACAGUUGUUAAGUGCACGCUCACACACUGACCCACAUAAAGGGUUUGAGAAUUGUGUGUGUGCACUUUCCUAUGUAAGAUGUUCACAACAGUGUCAUCUCCAAUGGGCAAAGAAAACACAAAGUGUUGUUUUCCACAAGCAUUGUUAAUUUGACCGUCUAUGUUAGCGCUGUUUUGGAAUGAGAAGUCUUCCUUUUCAAUAAAUAUUCAUAUGUCAUGGA